AUGGUCUGCCCGGGUAAGGUGGCUGCAAAGGAAUUCACAGCAGAAUUGCUUCAGAAGACGGCAGAACUUCUGAAGAAGAACCCAGAGUACUACACCGUCUGGAACCACCGCCGGCGCAUCUACGUGAAUGAGUUCGAAGAUCUCGCGAGACAAUCAUCAUCGAAGGAAAUAAAUGAAGAGAGUCGAGUUAGCCAGGUACUCGAUAUUAUUCAACUGGACCUGCAAUUCCUCUUCCCUCUGCUACUCAAAUUCCCCAAGUGCUAUUGGAUAUGGAACCACAGGCUAUGGCUUCUCGAGCAAGCUACGGUCCUUGUGCCCGCGAUCAAAGCCCGCAAGUUAUGGGAAGAGGAGCUGGGUUUGGUGGGUAAAAUGCUCAAUCGGGACAGCCGCAACUUCCAUGGCUGGGGUUAUCGACGGACAGUGGUGCAGAAUCUGGAGAGCCCGGCUUUGCAGGGACAAAGUAUGGCACUGCCAGAGUUUGACUACACCAAGAAAAUGGUUGGGACAAAUCUCUCGAACUUCUCAGCCUGGCAUAACCGCACCAAGCUCAUCCUUAGGAUCCUAGACGAGGAGAGUGCCAGUGAUCAGGAACGACAAAAUAUGCUGAACAAAGAACUUGAGUUGAUCCACAAAGCAUUGUUCGACCCGUACGACCAGUCACUAUGGUUCUACCACCAGAAUCUCAUGUGCACCUUUGAUCCUGAUCAGGCGGAGAAGAGCAUGGCACCGAACCUUUCAAAAGAGCAGCGGCUAGAGUACAUCGCUGCAGAGCGGGAAUACAUUGAGGAAGUCCUGGAGGAUGCGCAAGACUGCAAGUGGCCGUACCAGGCGCUGAUUGAGUGCACGCUCUUAGAAGGCAAGCUGAAGUCAGGACUUGAGGAGGAGGACAACUUCAAGGUGAAAGAGUGGUUGCAGACGUUGAAGACUCUCGAUCCUCUGAGAAAGGGCAGAUGGAACGACAUGGAGCAGCAGCUCAGCAAGCAACUGGCGUAG